AUGGAGCCAAGUCGUUACUCAGUUCUCAUAGUUGAUCGUACUUCAAGUGAAAGAACUUAUAACCAAGCUUCUCACUUUUCCGAUUCUGAGGAUACUACAAUUUCAUUUUUAGCUGCUUGCGGUGACGGGUGCAUUUGCGAGAGCAAAAAACAAACUAUUGAUGACAUUGUUAAAAUUUUUUUAUCCAUUUUCUCUGAAGUUACAACUGUUCCGUCAGGCAGAAAAGCACUUUCAGUAUUAAAAGAUAGAUCUGUAGGAAGUCCUCCUACGAUAUUAUUAAUAGACAUUGAUCACACCGAAGGUGUUAGUCGUGAUUUAUAUGCACGAAAGAAUUCAUUUAUUGUACCUGAUUCGAUACAUUCUAUAAGCCUCGAAGAAUUUACAACAACAAGAGACACUUUAUAUGGUCUAGAGUUUUUAAAUUAUGUAUCAAGGGAAAUAUCAAAAGGAUUAUUGGAACGAGUCAUUCCGAUAGGUGCUUCAGAUUAUCUAAUAAAACCUAUUAGACCUGAAGUUGCAAAGACUAUAUUUUUGAAUGCACAUAGGUUUGUUAUUUCGGGAAACAAGUCACCAAUAUCUCCAACUGCAAUGGAUUAUUUUCGAAGACCUGCAAUACGGCGUAGUUUCUCUUUCGAGCAAAGGCUUGAAGAAUUUUAUAUUAGAGAUAAUUGCCAGGCUUCUGAAUUGGAGCGAAGAAAUGUUCUUAAAAAUAAAUUAUCUGAAUGGGAUUUUAAUCCUCACUCACUAGAUGACGAUGAGUUGUUAAAAUGCGUCUUUAUCAUAUUUGAUCAUGUAAUGUCUCUUGAUGAACUCAAAGAAUUAAACAUAAAAACAGAUCAAUUACAUCGACUCCUUGUGGCAAUUCGUCAAUCUUAUUAUGAUACAAAUCCCUACCACAAUUUUACUCAUGCUGUCGAUGUUUUACAAGCAAUGUUUCUAUUUUUAUGUAAAAUUGGUCUCCUCCCUCCUUUUUUUUCUUCAAAGAGACAAAGUAUUAAUUCUAAUCAGCAACGUUGCCGCCCUAAUGAUCAACUAAAUGUUAUCGACGCAUUUGCUCUAUUAUUGGCUUCCGUUGGACAUGAUGUUGGUCACCCGGGUGUUAAUAAUGAUUUCUUGGUUCAUUCACAAGCUCCUGUGGCUCAGGUAUAUAAUGACAAAUCCGUAUUGGAAAACUUCCACGUCAUGACUUUAUUUAACUUGAUGCAAAAAUAUGGCUUUAAAAUUUAUGAUAAUAAUAAUGAUGGUUCCAUAUAUAAUAAAAAAUAUCAUGAAUUUCGUAAAGUCAUAGUAAGUGCAAUACUUGCUACCGACAUGUAUUUACAUAAUGAUUACGUUAAUAAAAUAAAAGAGGAAACAAAAAAAUUUGAGUCUCUCGAAACAAAAUUUCUUGAUAAACCUACGCAAGAAAAGAUUCGGAAUACUAUGAUCGGCGCGUUAAUAAAAUGCGCUGACAUUAGUAAUGUUGCUAGACCUUACCAUAUUGCUGCUAGUUGGUCGAACGUUCUACUUGACGAAUUCAAAUGUCAAGGUGAUUUGGAAAGAAAACUCGGCCUUCCCAUUGGUCCAAUGAAUGAUAGACAUGGACAGACUACUCAAUCAGAAUCUCAGAUAAAGUUUAUUGACUAUUUUGCGCUGCCAUUGUUUAAGUGCGUAGAAAUGAAAUUUUGCGUACCUUAUCUCGAACAAAAUAAGAAACAAUGGCAAGAGCACAAUGAAAAUCUCAAUAAUGAUACUCAUUCAUUAAAACAUAAGAAUUCAGGUAAUAAUAUCCGUUCAUUAAAACACAAUAGCUCUAGUAAUGACUCUGGAGUUAUUGUUUCUUACGAUAGUCGUAAAAAUUCUCCAAUUACUGCUAUUCCAGCAGCUAGGACCAUGCACCAUCGAUCAUCGGUAACUUAUUUAAGACAAAUUCCAAAUUUACCUGAUGGACCUGAAACUGAGGACUGGUUUAAAUCUAAUGAAGUUCUUAGCACAACAGGUGCUUCAGAUUCUCCAUUAAAUUCACGUCAUGAUGCUCAAAAAAAUACGAAUUGGCCAAUUUUUUCCCGAAAUAAUAAUCGUUCACUUUCAAAUGUUGUUUACGCCUCUACAUACACCUCUACAGACAAUGUAUCAAAUCAAAACAAUGUGAAUGACAACUUUACGAUAUGCUGUUGUAUUCAAUAG